AUGUGCCGGCCUUCAAGUGUUGCAAUAACAGAGGUACUAUGGGUUCCCAAACAUGAGAUCGAUUCAAAAUUAGAACAAGUCACGUUAAGACAUAUAAUACAUUAUGGCACAAACAGAUAUCCUAAUCUUAUACGUCGUCUUGAUUUAAAUACUUCCCAAGUGCAUCUCCGUGAAUUAAACACUGGAAUAUCUUUUACACAUGGUGUAAGCUUAAUAAACGGAACUGGUGUUAGGCCUGUUAGACGCGACGCAAUAAAAGAAUUUCAAUUUCUUUCUCAAUAUAAACAAACUUCAUCGAUAAUUGAAUGGAAUGAUUCUGUCGAUUUGUUGUUACCGAAUGUUACAGACAUGCAAACUUUGAUAAGUUUAGCGAAAAUGUCUUCAAAUGCGUAUAUCAAAUGUGAUGAUGAUGAUUGGUAUGAUCUAGGCAAACAUUAUAAUGUGAACUCUACAUUCGGAUGGGAAGAUGAUGGUAUACGCGGAUAUGUUUUUGGAAAUAAGAACAAUAGUUUAAUGGUUAUUGCGAUCAAAGGAUCCAGUGUAAGAUUUAAUGAUGGAGGACCAACCGAAGAAAAAGAUCGUAUUAAUGAUAAUCGAUUAUUUUCUUGUUGUUGUAAAAUUGGUUGGCCAUGGACGCCAGUGUGUGAUUGUCAUAAAGACAAUAAUAAAUGUGAUUUGGAUUGUGUACAAGAUAGUGUGGACGAAAGAAAAUUGUAUUAUAAUUCAAUUUUGGAAAUGUUUGAAAAUAUAACAAAAGAAUACGAAGAUGAGAAUCUACAAGUAUGGUUAACAGGUCAUUCAUUGGGAGGAACUCUUGGAUCUUUGGUUGGAUCAUCCUAUGGGAUACCAACUGUAACGUUUGAAUCACCAGGUGAUAGAAUGGCAGCUAGUAGAUUACAUUUACCAAGACCACCUGCCCUACCAGACGAUAAAAUGAAUAUUUGGCAUGUUGGUAAUAAUGCUGACAGUAUUUUUAUGGGUUUAUUGGCGGAAGAAUUAGACUGGAGUGUUAAUGCUAGAAAUCAUCCUAUUAUGAAAAUCAUCAAUGAAGUUUUAAUUCCAUGGGAAAAGGAUUAUAAUUUCACUAUUCCAGAAUGUAAGCCUGAAAAGGAUUGCGUGGAUUGUGAAAAUUAUAAAUUUGUUUGA